CCCCUUAGGUGUAAAGGAGAAAGUGAAAUGAGAUUAUCAAUUUUAAAACUCUUAGUCAACUCGAGAUAGUCAACUGGCAUAUGUCAGAUUUGCAGUGACUUGGCGGUAUACCAAAGGGGACCUGAAGGACGAAUAUAAACAUGGCCGCCCACUAGUUCGUGGGGAGAAUUGGACAUUUGAAUUUCCCUGAUUUGCACUGGGAAUUGAAGAGCCAGCAGGGCUGGUAGGUCAAAGAUAAGAUGGAGUCGUUCCUGGCGCUGUUCGACACGGGGGAACCGAAGAGCAAGAGGAGAGAGUCCUGGGGGAAAAAUGAUUGCGAUAUUCGGGGGAAUGAUGAGGAUAAUGAGGAGAGUUUACCUCCUGAGCCCGAGCAGGGAAAUAUCGAGUACAAAUUGAAGCUGGUUAAUCCGUCUUCGCAGAGGUUUGAACACCUGGUUACUCAGAUGAAAUGGAGACUCAGGGAGGGACAUGGAGAAGCUAUCUAUCAAAUUGGUGUGGAAGAUAAUGGGAGGCUAGCAGGCCUGUCUCGAGACGAGAUGAAGGCCUCCCUGAAGACACUCAGGGACAUGGCAUCCCGUUUGGGAGCGACAACCCGAGUCCUUCGUGAGCGAAUUGCCAAUGCCAAAUCAAAGAAGAAAAUCCAAGACGACAACCCCACGGAGAGGAGAGUGGCUGAGGUAAUGGUGACAAAGCUACGUAAAGGUGACCGAGACGAUCAGGAUAGUGUGAUCGAUCUUCGAUUAGCAGUAGUGGGUUCCCAGGACGCUGGUAAAUCCACUCUCCUGGGUGUUCUGACACAAGGAGAACUCGACAAUGGCCGGGGGAGAGCACGACUGAAUAUGCUUCGUCACCUCCACGAGAUUAGAACUGGAAGAACGUCGUCGAUAUCCCACGAGAUCAUCGGGUUCGAUACUGAGGGUCACGUACUCAAUUACGCCGAGAUGACGACUGCUGAGGAGAUUUGUGAACAUGCAUCCAAGGUGGUGACGUUCAUUGAUCUUGCCGGGCAUAGGAAAUACUUGAGGACAACACUGCUGGGACUCAUGGGGUACUCUCCCCACCAUGUGAUGCUGGUGGUGGCACUUCCUCUCAACGAAGUCGCUCAAGAGCACAUGGCCCUGUGCCUGGCACUGCACCUCCCUUUCUUCAUUGUCGUCACCAAGACAGAUCUGGGAUUAUGCGAUCACCGACAGACACUGAUGCAGCUAGAGAUCGCUGUGAGGGCCCAGGGUUGCCACAAAGAGCUCGUCCUCUGCAGCAACAACAAUGAUCUCCCUCAAGACUACGAAUCGAGUGUUAUCCCUGUCUUUACCGUGAGUUCUGUGACUGGAACGGGACUGGAAGAGCUCACAAAUUUCAUCAGGGAUCUAUCACCCUCGGAGUCUUCCAACGAUGACGCUGAGCCUGGUACCUGUCUCUUUCAAAUCGACGAGACGUUCAGGGUAGCAGGACUCAGUGAACCUGUACUGGGGGGGCUUCUGGUCAAGGGGGCUAUUGCACCUGGAGCUAGACUUCUCGUGGGACCUCUGCCUGAUGGCGAAUUCAGCCCUGUCAAGGUGGUCAGUCUGCACAGGAAUAAAGCGCCUUGCUGCGUAGUGAGGGCAUCGCAGAGUGCUAGUCUUACUCUGGCGCCGAGUACCAAUCGAGAGGGGCUUCCUCACUUCAGACCGGGAAUGGUGCUCGUCAGCAUUGGGGAUCGUCCACAUGCAACUGUUUUCUUCCAGGCAACAGUCCUGGUUGUUUACCACGCCACGGCAAUCUAUCCCGGCUUCCAGGCAACAGUACAUGUGGGAAAUGUCCGACAAACUUGUGUGAUCGAGGGAAUAAUGGACAUAAAGGAGGAUGGCCUACAGACAAAUGAGACAGCAUCAGUUCUCUUCAGGUUCGUUAGUCACCCUGAGUACCUCCACGUUGGUAUGAGACUGCUUUUCAGGGAGGGAAAGGCCAAGGGAAUCGGUAAAAUCACUCAAGUGUUUCCACUAAUAGGCUCUGAGAGCAGCCCUCAGUGAAUCAAUAUUUCGUCUUAUUCAGGUUUAAAUUAUUUUCUCUCAAAGGUUUUCGUCUUAAUAUGUUGAAAAAAAUAACUGUUGAUCUGGCGUUUCGAACUCUGAAGCUCGGUAAAAUGAAGUAUUGAAGUGUUUAAUUGUUGGGAAGUACUUUAAUAUUGCCACAAUAUUUCUUCGACAAAAUAACAUAUCGGGAUAAGUUAAAUCUCAAUUUUUUGACACAUUGAUGUUUUGGACUGUGAUUGUUACGGAAAAUUAAACUAGAAAUAAUAUGAAAAAAAAAGAAAAGAAAAUGGAUGGAGAAUUUUGUGGGGAAAGUAUUGUGUCAGUACUAAAAUAUGUCUAUCUGCUGUGGGCUGUCUUACCUUCGACAAUUAACCAGUAAUGAUGUGAUAUAAGAAAUAAUUUGAGAUAAGUGACAGAGGUAAUUGUACAUAAUACAGGUUGUACUUAUAGUGUAAUUGCAUACAAUGUAUCUAUGUGGUAUGAAGGAUAUUUACCACGUGACUCGGGAUGUUUUCUGUUUGGAACAAGAAUAUCGUUGAUAUUUUUGUAUAAAAAAUAUUACUUAGCUCAAACGAAUGCUUUAGCUACGAAGCUAGGUUAUGUACCAAAACGUGUAAUAAAUCUUCAUUCAGUUUUCAUUUA